CGUGCCCGAGCCCUCGACUACCUUCCCUUGCAGGCUCUUCUCCAAGAGUCAUUCCCCGUCAUCGCCAGAAACCUUCGCCGCGGAAUGCCGAAACAGGCGCUGCAACUGCUCUUUCUCAGAGACAGGCUACCAUGAGGAAUGCAAGAUGUGAAGAGGGGAAAGGAUAACAAUCAAGAGAAGGAGUUUAAAACAAGGUGCGAGCACCCAAGUUGCCUGCUGUUCCACUGCCGUCAUGACGUGAAACUCUGCUCGUCUCCUUCUAACAUUCCUUCCUCACCAGUCCUUGCGACCCGCUGUCUGAAAGACACCCGCCCACCGAAUCGAGCACUACUCCAGCCGACAGCACUCCACUCUCAGCAGUCAGACAAGCGCUCGCUGGCUGCAGGCUUAUACAUCCUCGCCCUUCACGCCUUCAACGAACUGCUCGGCUCCGCUCUUCCUCCCGGACGCAAACGGUCACGCAGUCUAAUAGCGUCUCGAACACAUGGGCAAGUUGGCCACAUUCGAGCGGGUCAGCGAGGCCCAAAGAUUCAGGGCAGCACAUCCUAUCCAAGCCGCCCCCUUCGGCUCGAACAACCAACGGUAUUGACGACUACCCUCAUGGCAGCCUGUCUCCCACCCAAGCAGCGCCCUCCGGCUCGAACAACCGAAGAUCCCAGUGAUCAACCUCAGGCCAGGCCAACACGGCCGACUUACAACUGUCAUCUUCAACUGCUUCAGGUAGCGUUUUGCAGCGACCCAAUGUCCGGCGCUCAAUACUACGGAAACACUCAGUGCGCUUCUUAGGACGUUUUCUGUGCUCCAAACUCCUGCAUGCCUUCCCCCAACAACUAUCCAAUCCUCAAGAGAUGCUCAACACUCAGCAGUACUCCACGACCAACUUUGCCGAGCA